CCGGCAGCAAAAAGGAAGAAGUAGGUUGUGAUCAGGAUCUGUGGUGAUAUUAAAAAGACUUUACUUUUGAUAUUCAAGGCUUUGCUCAUCGUCCAGACAGUAAUAAGCCAUGGCGACCGGGCCAACGGCGACCUCCAUGCCCGACUCGGCCCUAUCGCAGCCUCAACACUCCUCCCGUUCGGAAAUCAAGCACAGCUGGUACGAUCUCCACUGCACAGUCAAGGCCACGCGGCGCCUUCAGACCACGCUUAGCAACCGCGUGCCAUCCGAGUUCACCUUCCAGACUGUGCAGACGGUUGAGGGGGUCCGGACCCGCCUCUACUUCCUGGGAGUUCCACCCGGCAAUCGGGAGAACACGUUGCUGUACUCGGACCUGCCGGACGACGCUGGGCUAGCAGCAGACACGGUCCCGGUGGAGCAACUACCGUGGAACCCAUUGUUGGUUCCCUUCCGGGGACUGAACCACAUGGGAUUUUCAAAGGAGGAACAGCUUCUCCGUGAGAGGAAAAGACUGGGAAUGUACGGUAUCACCACGUACGAAUUUGAUCCGGAGUCGGGAAAGUUCUUAUUCCCAGCAAACGGCAGUCUUUUCACGUGCCACGAUCCAAUGUUAACGAACCAGCCGGUGUUCCCCCGCGAGGUGGUCAGCCAAUGCCAGGGGGUGCGGAUGGACCCCAAGUUCUGUCCCUUCAACAGCGGCCUGGUGUCUUUCAUCAACAACAGUGACCUGUGGGUGACCAACACGAACACCGGUGAAGAGAAGAGGUUGACCUUUGCCCACAAAGGUUUGCAGAACAUCGCCAAGGAUCCCAAGUCAGCGGGCGUGGCCACUUACAUCGUCCAGGAAGAGUUUGACCGCUACACCGGCUACUGGUGGCAACCGCAGCCCACAGACUUGGUCCCGGGCACUGGGAAAACCACUUUCAGGAUUUUGUAUGAGGAAGUUGACGAGUCCGAGGUUGAGAUCCUCCACAUUGUCAACUCGUCCUAUGGCGAACACGGCGUGGAUGAUUACAGGUACCCUCGCUCAGGUACGACAAAUUCCAAAGUCAUCCUGAAAUUGGUGGAGUUCUCAGUGGACACAGAAGGCAAGAUUGUUGAUGUGACUGACAAGCAACUGAGUGAGCCACUGACUAAACAUUUUCCCUGGCUGGAAUACAUAGUGCGAGUAGGCUGGACACCAGACGGAAACAACAUGUGGGCCCAGCUCCUGAAUCGCAACCAGCAGAGUACGGCCGUCAUCCUCAUCCCUCUCCAGUCCUUCCUUCCUGUCUGCAGCGACGCCGAGAUGAGGGAAUCGAGCGACGGCUCCGAGUCGUUAAUCAGGGUGCUAUACGAGGAACACUCCGAUCUCUGGAUUAAUGUGCACGACGCCAUUCAUUUCUUCCCCCAAACAUUGCCAGGUGAAAUCAGCUUCCUGUGGGCCAGUGAAGCAACCGGUAUCCGGCAGUUGUACUUCAUCACCUCGGCUCUCCAACAGCCUGGUGCUAUACCAGGAAACCUGAAGCCGGCUAUCCUGCAGUACAAAAUGUUGACCUCCGGCAAGGGAGAGGUCAUCGGUCAACAGUUGUGGGUGGACGAGAUCAGUCAGCUGGUCUACUACAAAGCCCUGCAUGACACACCCUUGGAAGAACACAUGUACGUCGUUUCCUACCGUAACCCCAGUCCACCUGUCAGGCUAACGGAGCUUGGCUACAACGUGCAAACAGUGGUUCUCAGUCCGGACCAGAGAUACAUGGCAUGUGUCCUGAGCAGCCUCACUACACCGCCGUUCAGCAGCAUCUUUCGCCUGUCAAUGAUGGGCUCCCAGCCGCUGGGCAUGGAGGCCAAGCCCGUGUGCUCAUUGCUGCCGGCAUCAGCUGCCCCGGCCACCUGCAUCCCUCCAGAGCUGUUUUCCUACACCAGUGCAGCCACCGGCGAGGCGAUGUACGGCCUCCUCUACCGUCCCCACUCCACAGACCCCAGCCGGCCCCACCCGACGGUGCUCUUCGUCUACGGCGGCCCCCAGAUCCAACUGGUCACUAACUCCUACAAGGGGAUACGACUGCUGCGACUGCAGACACUGGCCUCGCUGGGCUACGCUGUUGUGGUGGUGGACAGCCGGGGGUCCUCCCGCAGGGGGCUCAAGUUUGAAGGGGUGCUCAAGAACCAGCUGGGAUCAAUUGAGAUAGAGGACCAGGUGGAAGGGUUGCACUACAUAGCGGCCAAGACGGGCAUCAUAGACCUGACCCGGGUGGCCAUCCAUGGUUGGUCGUACGGGGGCUACCUUUCACUCGUUGGCCUGGCCAAGAAACCGGACGUCUUCAAGCUUGCUAUAGCCGGUGCACCCGUCACCUGCUGGAGGGAGUACGACACUGGGUACACUGAGCGAUACAUGGACACGCCCCUCAACAACCCAGCAGGCUACGCGGCGGGAUCAGUGCUCAACAUGGCCAGGAACUUCCCUGAUGAAGAGAACCGACUGCUGAUAGUCCACGGGCUCAUCGACGAGAACGUCCACUUUGUCCACACCAGUCUCUUAGUGGAUGAGCUGAUCAAGCACUGCAAGCCAUAUCAACUACAAAUCUAUCCAAGGGAGCGUCACGGUAUCCGCCGGCCGGAGGCCAGCGAACAUUACGAGACCCAGCUCCUAAGCUGGCUGCAGGCUCACCUAUAGCAAGGGGGAGGGGGGCGGGGACACAACUUGAGGGGGAGGAUGGCUUGAAGGACAUGCUUUGCUUGAGGAACCCUAGGCCUGAAGGGAUCACAGCACAAGGACCCAACUAAUGCAGUUUGUCACCAUGCUGCUUUUUGUACACAGAAAUCAACAACUUUGGGCUCUGAAACCAAGUACAUUUCCUGACCAAAAACAAGGGGGAAAAAUGACGAGGUUCCCGGUUACUUUCUGAAAGAUACACGUUUUUUUAUCAGAAAGAGAUUUUUCUCCAAGAGGGAGACAUUUCUGUGUUUUUUUUUAGAUGUAAGAAAUUUUAAAAGUAUUUGUAGAGUAUUAUUUUUGCCAUCGGUUCGCAGUGAAGAUAAGCCAAACAACGCUAAUGAGACGUUUGUUCCUUCUGUGAAUGUGCAAAAAAUCAGUUCUCUCUGUUGGGCUUGUGGAAGGAAUCAUCAACCAGUUGGAUAGGAAGAGGUGGUCUUGUCUACACGUGUGAAGGCUUGUGACUUAGUGUUUGACUCAGGGUGGUGUCCUGACCUGCUAAUCUCAUAGAUUAGACCUUGGAUCUUUGUUCUGCUGUAACUGUUACCCGUACUUUUUUUUAACAGUUUUUCUUCUACGUUUUUUCCAACUGUUUUAUUUGUAGUAUUAAGGGCUUUUCUGAAUUCCCUUUUCUACUUGUAACAGGAAGCUAGACUAACUCACGGGUUUCAAGAGAGCUGUGGUAUCGUUAUCUUAAAAAAAAAUGGUACAUUAUAAAACUGUUUACCGAGACUUGUACAUAAUGUAAACUGUUGAAAUGUUUAUGAAAUGCCUAAAAAUGCUUCUGUCUUAAUGCUGUUUGGAUAUUAAUCACUGGCACUGUAUUCAGCCAACAUCAGUAUUGAAGAAGGGACGGAAGGAUGACGGUUGAGCAGUUGGAAGAAUAUUGAUCUGGAAGGGAUCGCCUGUGAUAUUGGAUAUUACGGAUACAGUGAUGACAAUUGACGCGAUUGUGGCAUCAUGUGUUUGUACAUUUCUGAUCGGUGCUAGCAAGUUAUUGGUUCUGUUCCCUGAAGCAUGAAGCUUUACCGAAGCUGUGUCGUUUGUUUUAGGCUGCUCGGGUAAAAAAGAGUCAUUAAUGAAAUAAAAUUUUAAAAAUUAAAUGUAUUUUACACAGGAAAGAAAAUUGUAUUUGCGCAUAAAUACAGCCAAAAGCACUCGUGAAAUUUCAGUUGUUCUCAUCCGCCGUGUGAGAAAAAAUCAUAUUGACUUACCUGUUUGUUUACAAAAGAAAAGAAGUGAAUUUAACUUUAGUGAAAGUGUAACUAAUUUUAGGUCAAGAGGAUUUUGAGCCAGAGGGUUCAUUGCUCUCUGGUACUCCAUAAGCAUCAUCAGUCAAGGAAAAGCCCAAAAAAAGUAUGUUUGAAACUAUAAAUGUCUUCAGCACAUUAUAAACAUAUCACUGAUUCUAUAGUAAGCCUCUGUGGAGACUUCUGUGGAUUUUAUGCAUUGUAGGUGUAAAAGCAAAAAAUGUCCUUAAACUAUCGUGAAAACCUUUCGGCAGAUCACAUUUCAUUUUACGACAAGUAGUUGAUGUCGCUUAAUUGUGUUGUGCAAUGAAUGUGAUUUUCUCCAUCAAUCAGGUGAAGCAUUGCACACAGCAGGCAUGCAAGAUUUUUUAGUAAUCAUUUUUUGAAAAGAAUGAAAAGGGUAAGUUAAACUGUUAAAUUUACCUGAUCGCGAGAGAGCAAAUCAUUUUAGAUCUUGGUUGGGAUGGACAGAAAACUUUUAACACAGUAUUUAUCCUUGUUUUGGUUUUGUUUGUGUUUUUUUACCUCAAGUUUUUACCCAAUUUCCAUUGCUUACAAUUUAUAAUAAUCUAACCGUGUGCUGCAGUAACAAUUCUGAUUUCUCUGUAUUUAUAGUUUGUUUUUUAAUCUGACUUUGAGUAUAAUUUGAAAGUUCUGUCCUAACCUUAAGGUCAAAACAGAUCUUGCUUGGCUAAAGAAAGGCUAGAAAAGAAAUAAGAGAAUGUGAUCUGUCAAGAUGCACACAUAUUUCAAGCUGGUUCCCAGUAGGCUCGCAUAAGCCACGAUAAUGGCUAUGGGAAAGUCUGCUUGAAUUGAAAGUUAACCAUUGAGACCUUGGUAAACUUCCAGUGGAUUUGUUUGACAAUUGCUAAAUACACAAAUGCAGCUUUUUAACACAGGAAGCUUGGCUCUGACUGUGGUCAAGUUGAGUAAAUAUUGGACCGCUGGACAGUGAUAGUUCCUUGUUGAAAUAAUAUUAGACGUGGACUGAGUUUGACAGAUAAGAGGUACUAAACUAUUAGGCAUGGCAAAAGUAUAGGCUGUGGUCUUUAUAGCAGUAGGUCCUACAGUCGUGUGUGGUCAUCCAGGGUCGAAGUGUGAUCAAAGUUGCUAGGGCAUUGUUACCAGUACUUGAUCUCAAGUAUAUUACUUCCUGUUGUGGUUUGUUUAACUCUUUGCUAUAAUAACCGUGACCAGAACAUCAGCUCAGAUGUGGCUAGCUUAUGAGAGGGUAUCACAGCAUAUCUCUUCAGUCUGUAAUUUUUUUUUAGUCUUAGUUUCCAUCAAGCAAAAGGGCUACCUGACGCGUAGUACUUCUUUGCCUUUCUAGGGGUAAAGUACCUCUGUCCUAGUGAGACAAUACAGGACUACAUGACAGCAAUAUUCAGACAUACAGGUUUUUAAAAGCUCCAUGCCUAAUACCAGCAUGUCACUUAAUAAAUUGAAACUUGAUUUAAACUUUAUUGAAACAUCGAGAGCCUGUGACUUCGAUUUGGGUGAAGUGUUAAUGUCUCAGUGAUAAACAGUACCAUAAAAGUACCAGAGGAUGCCCAUGUGACUUGUGAGCACUUUGGAUCGAGUGUAUUCUUCUGAAGUGAUUUGCUUUAUGUUUUAUUCAAAUACAAGUCUCCUUAUAACAAUGGUAGCACUAUUAAUCGAUAACAGAUCUGACCUCCACCCACCCAAGGAUGCUGUUGAGAUAACUUUGCAAUGUAAUAAUACCCAGAGUGUAAAUAAAGACACCAGACUGCUGAUUAUACAGUGAAGGACAGGACA